UGUGAGCAGUUUUCAUCUGAAAGCACAGAUGAGAGGGGGGGAACGUCGCAAGGUACGGCAAGGAAGGGUCUGUCAGCAGCAGAGUCCCCCUCUCACAGCAGCAAGCCGAUCAGUAGCAAGCGCUAAUCUUGCCAAAGUACUCGCCGUGGGCCGCGCCGCUGAGGGUGGUGCCCAUGCUGUUCCUGCAUCCACUAGGCUUGAUGCCCUCGCAGAC